AUGCUCCCGUUCAAACAGUCCAUCGCCACCAUCCGCGGCGACCUCUCCAACAUCACCGCCCCGCCAUUCGUCCUCGACACCAAAUCGGCUGUCGAACUGCCUUCGUUCUGGGCCGAGAGACCCUCCAUCUUCGUGGCUCCAGUGGCCGCACAAGAUCCCGCCGAGCGAGCUUUGUUGGUGCUGAAAUGGUUCCUCUCGUCCCUGCGCAAUCAGCAGUAUGCGGGUAGGUCGCCGGCCGAGGGCGUGAAGAAGCCCAUCAACGCUUUUCUCGGCGAGCUGUUCCUGGCCAGGUGGGAGGAGGACGAAGACGACCGAGAUGGAACUGGAGUGACAAGGCUGGUCAGCGAACAAGUCAGUCAUCACCCACCUGUCACUGCAUGUCGGGUUUGGAACGAGAAACACGGCGUCACGGCAGAGGGCUAUACCCGCCAGGAAAUCACCUUCAGCGGCAACGUCAACAUCCAGCAGAUCGGGCACGCCACGCUCCACCUCGCGCACCACAAUGAGACGUACCUGGUUCCGCUGCCCAACAUCAAAAUCAAGGGCCUUUUGACCGGCUCGCCCUACCCAGAGUUGCAAGGCACCCACCACAUCCCCUGCACGAGCGGGUACACUUCCACCAUCGACUUUAGCGGCAGGGGUCUCUUCUCGGGCGCGGACAGGAAACAUAGCUUCGAGGCCAGGGUCUAUCGUGACGACCGUCACCGUGACGAUGACGAGGAGGAGGGCCAUGCUUCUCCCAUCUACACCGUCUCGGGCCACUGGGACGGCCUCUUCGUGAUCCGCGACCCAAGGCAGGACGUCGAGCUCGAGACGUUUGAUGUCACGACGGCCGCGACCACGCCGCUCGUCACAGACCCCAUCACGGAGCAGGAUCCGUGGGAAUCUCGACGCGCGUGGUGCGACGUCCGCGAGGCCCUGCAGCGCGGGGACAUGCAGGGCGCGGCGGACGCCAAGGCAAGAGUCGAGAACGGGCAGCGCGAGAUGCGCAAGACGGACGGCGACGGCGCGGACUGGCAGCGUCUGUUCUUCCAGCCUGGCUCCCGCACGUCCGAGGUCGCCGUGUCGCUAGCACAAAAGGUCGGACUGGUCCUCAACCCCGAGGACACAGUCGCGGCGUGGUCGUUCCGGCGCGACGAGUGGGAAGGGGGGCGACUCCAGAAGCCAUAUCACGGGGACUUGAGGCCGGACAAUUCACACGCCACUGGCAGUGGUAUUGACGGUGCUACUGGUACUGGUACAGAAGGCGAAGAAAAAGACGACAUCGUCGUCAACGGCGUCAAUGGCGUCCCUUCUCCCUCCCACUCGCCCUCUCUACUACCUACCUCUCCCUCUAUUCCUCCGCCGCCGCCGCCAUCACCGCAGCAGAAGCGACAUCAGGAGCAGCAGGAAGGAACUCCAGAUGUCGCAGAGACGGGGACGACAAGAGACUGCGAGCAACAACAACCCACGACCAUGACCGCGCGAGAAAAGACCCUGGUCGAACAUUUCCUCCGAGAUCGGUACUCGAGCAGGAGGAGGUCGUGA